AUGCCGCCUAAGCAGCAGCUGGACAAAGCUGCCUGGCAGUGGGCAGAGACAGUCAACCCAGAAGAUAUUGAUCAUGACCAUGUGGAGAUUGCUUACAGACUAAACCUUAAAAAGUGCAAGCCACAGGCCUGCAAGAGAAACUGUAAGGGGAAUCCGCACUGUUUAAACUGUAUCGGGGAAAGAGUGUGGUUUGGGGAAAUUGAUGAAAGCAGCUGGCAUGAUAUAGAGGAUCCAAAUGCGGAAAGACGAGAGGAUGGGAUGUUUGUGGGUUUAAAAAAUUUAGGAGCUACGUGUUACGUGAACACGUUCCUACAGUUGUGGUUUCAUAACAAGUCUGUUCGACAGGCUUUGUACAAAUACAGAGAGAAUGGACUUGACAUGAGCAGUGUUACAGAGGAGACUUGGUCACCAAGUAGUAUUGCUGGUCAUCUACAAUUGUUGUUUGCCUUACUAGAGCAUUCUGAGCGUCAGUUCUUGGACCCAAAAGUGUUUAUUGAACAUCUAGGUUUAGAUGCAGGCCUACAGCAGGAUGCACAGGAGUUCUCAAAGCUGUUCCUUAACCUUUUAGAGGAGUCUCUGUCUCAGCAGUUAGAACCCAGUGUUAGAUUUGUUAUACAAAACCAGUUUUGUGGGGAAUAUGCUUAUGUGACAACAUGUAGUCAGUGUGGAAAUUCCUCUCAGUGCCCCUCUAAGUUCUAUGAGUUAGACCUAAGUAUUAGGGGACACAAAACUUUAGAGGACUCUCUUAAGGACUUCCUUAAAGAGGAAAAACUUGAAGGAGACAACCAAUACAUGUGUUCAGUGUGUUCUAGAAAGCAAAACGCCAUUCGCUCCAUACAGCUGCAGGACCUUCCACCUGUUCUUAAUCUGCAACUACUGAGAUUUGUGUUCGAUAAAAAAACAGGGCACAAGAAAAAACUGAACAGUUUCAUUCAAUUCCCUGAAGUCUUGGACAUGUCCAAAUUUAUUGUCAAAAAACCUAGAAUUGUUAGAGAGAAUGAGAUGGAAAUUAUAGAUAUAGAUCCUGAUGAUGAUGAGAUGGACAGUAACGCCAUCUACAGUCUGACAGCAGUACUAAUCCACAGAGGCCCUACUGCCUAUAGUGGCCACUACAUUGCACACAUCAAAGACAUGGACUCUCGCACCUGGUACAAGUACAAUGAUGAGGAAAUAGAGAAAAUGAAGGGUUCAAACCUACAUCUUGGUACUGAGGAUGACCCUCAGGAAGGCCAAGGCAAACAAAAAGGACGAAUCCCAAAAGGAAGCCAUGGGUCCAAAAAUGCCUAUAUGUUAGUCUACACUCGCCAAAAAGAGGUAGAGAACAACUCCUACAGCAAAGAAGACAGCAUUGUAUCCAGAAGUCUAAUCCCUCAACACGUCAAAGAUUAUGUUGACAGCGACAAUGAAAAGUUUGAAAUGUGGGUUGCUGAAAUGAUGCUGAUGAGAGAUCGUAAUAUUGAGACUGGAAAAGAACAACAGGAAUUGACUAAGGAAAUUUACCUUAGACUUCUCGUGGAGGAUAUUCCUCAUAGCCAAAUGGAAUGGAUAGGGCUAAAGUGGCUCAAUAUGUGGUUAGAGGAGCCAUCAAAGGCCCCUAUGAUAGACAACAAGGUUUUCCUUUGUCAUCAUGGCAAGGUUGACCCCCACUGUGCAGUCAAACUCAAGUGUGUUAAUUCUGCUGGAGCCAGUAAGUUGUUUAGUCAAUAUGGUGGAGGACCUCGCCUCAGUGUUGUGGAUUCUCUUUGCCAUACAUGUGUCAAACAACAUUGUAACAUGAUAAGACUAAAAAUCAAAAUGGUUGAUGAUGAGAAAUAUAUAAGUGCCUCUAUGAAAAUUAACAAUGUUCAAACAAAUGGCCCUUCGUAUUGGGUUGGAAAAGCAUCACUACGAAGCUGGAAGAAAUUGGCUAUGGAGCGGUUGGAUGGAACAAGACAAGAUAAAGUAAGCAACUGUCAUGAGGCUACAGGUAAAGAAGAUGUCAAAGAGGAACAGACUGUUUCACCUAAGCAUAACAUGGAAAACACAGAUUUGGUUAACAAGGAAACUCAAAGGCUUUCAAAUUGUUCUACAGAAGAAGCCACAUGCUCUAGAAAUCAAAAUGGAACUGUAAAAGAAGAUGAAGAGGAGGAAGAAGGCCCAGAUUUGAAAUUUAACUUUGACGUUUUAUGUGAUCAUGAUAAACUAGACCCAGACCUUUCUUGUAGAAAACUUGUGCCAGAUCAUGUGUGGGGUAGGUUAAGGCAGUACUUUCCAGACUGUCCAGAAUUUUCACAAAGUACACCAUCAUGUGAUCUAUGCAAUAAGAUGAAUAAAAAGGAACAGGAAAGUAAGGAGAUGAAUAAACUCCUAGCCACACAGCAAAAAUCUGCACUCAAUGAACUCUUUGCAGAUAAAAAACGUCCAGUAGCAUUAAGCUCUCCGCAGGAAGUAAAUGUAGUUAGUGCUGCCUUUGUCGGAGAAUGGAGAAAUUUCAUUCGAGAGCCUCUCAAAAGGGAACCAGUUAGGGAGGUACUCAAUUCAACUCUCUUAUGCAAACAUUUGAAGUAUUUGUACCCUCCAGCAAAUUCUCAUCCAGACCUUAUUGACCAUGGGGGUAAGGUUGUCUAUGUGUGGCCAAGAGAGUGGGAUGUGAUCGCACAAAGCUUUGCAGUUGACUAUGAAAUAAGUAUUGUAAAAACACAAGAUGAGGAUGGCACAGUGAUGGUUUUCACCCUGCCUGAAGUAUGUCGUGAAUGUGUCGAUGAUAGAAUGGAGAAAGAGGAACAGGCGAGAUAUGAGUUCAAGGAUGCUAUUAUGUAUAUCAGAAAAGUCCCAAAAGAUCAAAAGCUGGUGAAUACAACAGACAUGGAAAAGGAGGAGGAUCCAGAUUUUAUACAACAGAAUGCAAACAAAUCCAGGACAAGUUUUGAAGAACCUCCAGAAAAAUUCAUGAAACUUGCAGAUGGAACACGACGCAAAAGUCAGCGCCACAGAAAAUCUAGGGGUGAGAAAGAGUUAAAAGUGUCUUCAACAGAUACGUUGAAGGAACUAAAACUACAGAUCAUGAAGCUGUUUUCUGUGCCCCCAUUUGAUCAGAAUCUGACUGUUUCAGGGGUGAGUCUGAAUGAUGACACAGCCACGUUGGGGAGCCUAAUGUUGUCUCCUGGUUCAGUUAUAAUGCUGCAGGCAGAUGAACCAGUGGAGGACCCCAUGGUCCUACAGGAUCUCAUUCAAGUGUCCUCUGGCCCUGAGGCGGGCUUCAAAGGCACAGGUCUGUUAGGGCAUUGAUGUUUGCAUACCAAAUUAUCUCCACUUAGAUAGAUACAAGCCCUAGUGUUGAAUUUUAUUAUUGGUACAGUAGUAUUUAUUUAGUAUGUGAAUGUUUUUCUAUUUAAAACAAAUAAAAAACUUUUAAGAAUGGUCAUAGAAGACCAUAA